ACAAUCCCAAAAACCCAACUCUUCUCCCCCUUCUUCUUCUACCUCCUCCUCAACACAUGAGUGAAGGAAGAAGAGGCUCGUCGUCUUCAUCUUCGUCGUCGUCUUCAUCUUCGUCGUCGUCGUUGUUGUGUUCCUCGUUGGGUUUGAGGGAUGGAGAGCCAGGAUCUUUCGCCACCGCACGUGGACGCGUCUCGGCCGUCCUUGGGGUUCCCUCUAGGCACCGCGCUUCUCCUCAUCAUCAUCUUCAGCUUGAGCGGUGUCUUCUCCUGCUGCUACCACUGGGACAAGCUCAGAUCACUCCGCAGGUCCUUCUCCGAAGACUCCACUCCCGAAACCUCCGACGACAUCGAAGGCCAAUCUCCCUCCAAAUCUAAACCCGCCCAUCUGGACUUGAAGCAGAAUCAAAAGCAAAGCGUGCCGGUGAUAAUGCCCGGAGAUCAGAUUCCGAAGUUUAUGGCAUUGCCGUGUCCUCGUGAGCCUCCGAGAGAAGAGAAGAUAGUUGUCAAAGUUCAAAAACCGCCCAAGCCACCUCGAUUUCCUGUACCUCUGUAUUGAGCAAUUUCACUGUGUACAUAGUAAAUGUAAUUAAUAUUAAUUCAAUUAAAUUUUAGCUCAGUUAAUUUAUGAAACAGAGAUUUCCACCA